AUGGGGAGUCAAAAGAGAUUCCGAGUGAUCGUUGUAGGUGGCGGAGUUGGUGGUCUUGCUGCUGCUCAUGCUUUCGAGAAGGCGGGUAUCGACCACAUUGUUCUCGAAAGGGGCGAAAUUGCGCCGGCGCGUGGAGCUAGUAUUGGGAUUUACCCCCACGGGGCCAGAAUUCUCCAACAAUUUGGAACACUUCAAGCUGUUGACGACGAAACGUAUCCAAUAGAGAGGGCCAAGAAUUUUCUCCCUGACGGGUCACUCAUUGCCAACAGUGAAUUGUUCAGAUUUCUGAGACAAUACCAUGGGUAUCCUAUUCCGGUGCUGGAGAGAAGGAGGUUCCUGGAGAUCAUGUAUGAUGGAUUGUCUGACAAGUCCCUAAUCAAGUCUCAUAGCAAGGUCGUGGAUAUCAUCGACUCUGAGGACAAUGUCAAGGUGAUCCUCGCCGAUGGCACCGUAGAAGAAGGGGACUUGGUACUAGGGGUCGAUGGAGUUCAUAGUCUGGUCAGAAGCUUGAUGUGGAGAAACGCGAAUGCGGCCAUUCCAGGCUUCAUCACCGCGAAUGAGAAAAAAACCCUCCAUGCUGAUUACAGUCUUUUGAUUGGUUUCAGCGAGACAGGAUCGCACAUGAGUCCAAGCGAUCUCUAUUGCACUCACUACGAUGGGAAAUCAUUCUUGACCAUAGGAGGCAAGAAGCAUACGUUUUGGUUUGUCUUUUUCAAGAAUGAUAGAGUCCACUGGCCAGCCCUACCAAAAUGGACUCAAGCAGAUGCGGAGAGACGCGCUGCUGAAUGCAUGGAUUGCCCCAUCUCCGAGACCCAAGUUUUUGGGGAGCUCUGGAAAACCGCCAUCCGAACGGAGCUUGUGAAUGUUGAAGAAGGUCUUUUCGAGCACAUGUUCUUUGGGCGUGUUGUUCUUGCAGGUGAUGCUGUUCACAAGAUGACACCAAACAUCGGACUGGGCGGUAACAGUGCCAUGGAAAGUGUUGUCGUCCUCACGAAUCUUCUCCAUAAAGCCAUACAGGAGCACCCAGAGGGCAAGCCAGACAAGGCAGCUAUUCAGAAUUUACUCCAUGAAUAUCAGAAGGACCGUCAAGUGCGAAUGCGACAGUUUAUUGACUUCUCCUCUUUGGCUACCAAAAUUCAGGCUUGGGAGACUACCUGGUACAAGAUUCUCUCUCGAGUCAUUCCUUUCUUGCCAGACGACACCUUUGCAAAACAGGCCAGCAUUCUGUUCAAGGCUGCGCCGAAACUCGACUUCAUCCCUGUACCUGGCGAUUUGAAAGGGUCGGUGAAAUGGGACGAUGACGUCUUAGAAGCGAAGUAUAGAGAGUCUUUCCCAAGACCUUCUAUCAGCGAUUGGGUGCGAAAAGCUCAAAGGCUAGCGAAGCGACGAUAA